GGGUACGCUGCCACCAUGCUGCUCCUCGUCAAUAGUGCCAAUUGUCAAAUGGCAGGUUUUGCUCUUAUCACCGUGGGAUGGCUCCUGUCAGCGACUUCCAUGGGCCUCGCGGAGUGGCGAGUGUGGCACAUAGACAAUGCCUCAUCAUUCCCCCCUGGUAUCGCCUGUGUGGGAAUGUGGAGAGUCUGCAUCUACCACCAUAAUAGCAACAUCAGCAAAGCCAAAUUUUGUCACCAGUACACCUUCCUUGAUGACUUUCUGCCUGCUGACAUUCAUCUUUCUCAAUACCUCCUGCUGGCUGCCACCAUACUAGGGCUCCUGGGGAGAGGCUUCCUCAUUUUAGCACUUAGGAACGUGUACCUGGGAAUUGUUCAGAAGCAUGACAUUAACAGUCCGUUUAUCAUUUCAGGGGUUCUGAACAUAAUUGCUAGUGUCUGUAUCACAGUUGCUGUGCUCCACAAUUACAGCUGUAUCAGACAUCUACGGGGGAUUGCCUUCCCGCCAUCCUUCCGUCUGCCCUUCAAGCCAGAUAGCCAGGAAGCCGGGAGUGCUGCUUUAGUAGCAAGUCUGGGUGCCUUCCUGAUGUUGUUAAGUGGGAUUUUUUCUCUCUUUUACACUUUUCCCCUGGAUAGCCAAGUGCAUCCUAUGAGUUGGGAAAUAUGA